GGGUCAUUCUCUUCCGUUUGCCUUUUUAAGCCAAUUUAUGACUAGAUUGUUUCUUUGAUGACUCAUUCAGAAUUAAAGUGAAAGGACAUAGAGGAAAUCACAUGUUGGCACUAAACAGAUAGUGAAAUGAUGUUGCAGAACACAGAGGGAAAUUCAUUCUAGUGUAGAAUCUGCUACAGUAGAAAGUCUGUUAAUCAUUACACUAAACCAACUGAAUCAUCUUUUUUUUUUUUUUUUUUUUUUUUUUUUUACUGCCGAGCUUUACUCAACAGAGAAAAGUAGAAAAAUUAGUGAGUCCUUGCAUAUGUCCAGCUUUUCCUCACAUAUCUUGAGGAAUAGUGUCCCUGAUCCCUUCAUCCUGACUUCUUUUUGCUGAAAUUCCUCACGGAAACAGCGAGGGUCUAUUGGGGGAAUUUCUGGUUUGGAAACCCCAGCUCUCAGAUGUGGUGGGAGGAGCAUGGAUAAAAAGCGUCGACUCUGAGGUGCUUUCAUUCUUUGAAUGCAGCUCACAGCACAGUGUUUAGCUUGUCUCCAGUUCAGCAUGAAGCUUAAUCCACAGCUCAUCUGCCAGCUCGCCCUCCUGAGCUUGUUGUGUCUACUGAAAGCCGUGAGGGAAACAGAUGGUGUGUAUGUCCCAGGGAGAUGUUUGUGCCCUGAGAGAAUAAACGGCAUCAGGGGGCAACUAAAAGACCUCACAAUUCUCCCAAAAAGCGCCAGCUGUAACACCAUCACAGUCAUAGUGACACUGAUGAACGACAACAGAGUGUGUUUGAAUCCAGAAGCACCUUUGGGCAAACAGCUGAUCCGCUGCUGGAAUAGAGCUCAGAAUUUGGGCCGGGACGUGAAGCCUUGUCUGAAGAGGAGGAGGAGGGUGAGGAAAGGAGGUCGGCGGCAGCAGCGGCGAAGACAGAGGAGACAAGGCCUUGGCACAAAAACAUCCUCCUCAGGCUCACAAUAGCCAUGCAGAUUAGAAAAGAGUGUAAAGUUAUUUCAUGUGA